CGCGUCUGGAACCCUCAUGGUUGGAAGUUUGGAAGUACUGAGCCGAAUUUCUCCCAGGAGUUGCCACCCAGGCCGGUGACCCCGCGAUGCCCGCCCCGACCUGCGCCUCCUGCCACGCGGCCCGUGCCGCCCUCCGCCGCCCGCGCUCGGGGCAGGCGCUGUGCGGACCCUGCUUCUGCUCUGCCUUUGAGGCCGAGGUGCUGCACACGGUGGUCGCGGGCCGUCUGCUGCCGCCGGGCGCCGUGGUGGCCGUGGGCGCCUCAGGGGGCAAGGACUCCACCGUGCUGGCGCACGUGCUGCGGGAGCUCGCGCCGCGCCUGGACAUCACGCUGCGGCUUGUGGCUGUGGAUGAGGGCAUCAGCGGCUACCGGGAUGCAGCGCUGGCGGCCGUGCGGCGCCAGGCGGCGCGCUGGGAGUUGCCGCUCACCGUCGUGGCCUACGAGGACCUCUUUGGGGGCUGGACCAUGGACGCUGUGGCCCGCAGCACGGCCGGCACGGGCCGCAGCCGCUCCUGCUGCACCUUCUGUGGGGUCCUGCGGCGCCGAGCGCUGGAGGAAGGGGCGCGCCUCGUGGGAGCCACGCAUAUUGUGACUGGCCACAACGCGGACGACGUGGCCGAGACGGUGCUCAUGAACUUCCUGCGCGGCGACGCGGCGCGGCUGGCCCGGGGCGGGGGCCUGGGCUCCCCAGGGGAAGGGGGCGCCCUCCCGCGCUGCCGCCCGCUGCAGUUCGCCUCGCAGAAGGAGGUGGUGCUGUACGCGCACUUCCGCCGCCUCGACUACUUCUCUGAGGAGUGCGUGUACGCGCCCGAGGCCUUCCGCGGCCACGCGCGUGACCUGCUCAAGCUCCUGGAGGCGGCGCGGCCCACAGCGGCGCUGGACCUGGUGCACUCGGCCGAGCGCCUGGCGCUGGCCCCGGCCGUGCAACCCCCGCGGCCCGGCGCCUGCUCCCGCUGCGGGGCGCUGGCCAGCCGCGCACUCUGCCAGGCCUGCGCGCUGCUGGACGGCCUGGAUCGCGGCCGGCCCCGCCUGGCCAUCGGUGAGCGUGAGCACCGCGGCGGCGCGGAUGUGCAGGGAACGCGGGGCCGCGCCCAGGCCGCUGUCCAGGCUGCCGCCGCCUUCUAGCGCCCACGCUCCCCUGGGAUCCUGCCCAGGACUGCAGUAAUCGAGCCUUUCCACGAGGCGGGACCCAGGACCUGAGGCUUUGAGGACCACACGCCACCGCGGGAAUGGAGUUCCUGCUUGCCGCGCUGGGACUUUGGAAGUCACCGACGGUCUUCCUCUCAGUAGCGCAGCUUGCCUUGCCCCUCCUCACCACGGGGCCACAGCCUGAGCUCCUGACCGCGCUGGACCUACCUACCUGGCUCCCAGGCACCCAGAUGUUAUGGGUCGCCCCUGCCCAUCCUGUCGUCCUUCCCUGCGCAAAUUGCGCCCAGUGUCUCUGUCCCCGGUGAGGGGCCGGGUGGGGCCCCAGGUCUCGGGCUUCGGAGGCAGAGGUGGAUGGGCCUGGGCUGGAGAUGAACGCUUUCUGAUCUUCCAUUCUCUUCUCUGAAAAUAAAACCAAACCCCUCCAACCUGA